AUGACCAGGCGACUCACACCCCAGGAGAAAAAGGCCAGGAGACCUGCCUCCAGAGCCUGCACGUUCUGCCAUUCCAAGCACCUCCAGUGCUCCAACACAAGACCGUGUCAGAAUUGCAUCAAACGAGGUAUCGCCAAUGAUUGCCAGGAUGUGGUUCGAAAAAAGGCAAAGUACAUGACGCCGCCGGAGCCAGACAGACCCCAGGUGACCCAGCCGAAACAAGAACCCGAGUUUGACCUCCACAAUCUCCACAGCAGGUCCUACAGCAUGAACCUCGCAGAAAGCAUCGAACUGGCACUAGGGAAGGAUUCCAGUGGACUGACGCCUUCAACGAACUUCAACUCCAAUUUCCUCAACCAGGAGUACAUGAUGCUUGGCGACUUGAUCCUGAAGCCGCUGCUGCCGUCGCUGUCGUUUGACAAUCUCAAUAUGCCACCUCCGAUGGUCUCACCAAACAUUGUAUCUGACCACGAUACAGACAGAGAAAGCAGGCCGUUUAUUGCGUUGGGGGACGCUAGAGAUGACGAUUCGGGCCUGGAUUUUUCGCUCCAGUUUGCCAAAGCCACAGAGGCCCAGUACGUGCUGCCUUUGCUUUCUCACCAUAUCUACCAAACGGUGCAAGAUAUCUAUUCCAACAAAAUCAUUGGUUUCGACUACCCGUCGUCAUACCACUCGCUCACCUUUUUUUUAAAGAAACGCUUUGCAUUAAGCGAUACGGAUGCGCUGCCGGAGGAAAACGCUAGAAAACGCAACAACCUACUAAUAAUCUUGAAGCUCAUUGCCUCGUACAGACCUACGUUUAUCAGUGCCCACAAGUCGCUUUUCAAGCCGUUUGAUUUCCAGUUCUUGGAAAUGUCGUUCCAGCGGUGCUUGCUAGAUUACGAGAAUCUUUCAAAGUUGAAUGCUUCCCCUACAAUCAUCUGGCGUCGUACGGGCGAGAUUGUCAGUAUAUCUAAUGAUUUGGUCAACCUUCUUGGUCUCAGAUCGUCCGACAUUCUCUCGAAGCGUACGUUUAUCAUCGAGCUCAUGUACGACGACGAGUCGAUCGUGGAGUACUUCCGCUUGUUCAAAUCGGUAGCAGUGGGAAACCUUCACUCUACCAUUGUCACUCGUUGUAAGCUCAUAAAGCGGUUUACGGAACAUGAAAGAAUUGCUCGGACAAACACAAGAAUCAGGGAUUAUGAUUAUAUCGAGUUUUGCUCGGCCUGGACGGUCAAGCGGGAUCUUUUCGACAUUCCCAUGAUGAUAGUUGGUCAGUUUCUUCCUCACGCAUUACUUGUUGGAGGCGCCUUGUACGGCUGCGGUGUCGCAUACAUGGUCAAGAACUACUACCAGCGGUCGUCUUUCAGAAAGAUCUACGUCACGGCUGACAAGAACUACGAAAAUGUCAAGAUCUUGCACCCACCAACGCAGGCGUCGGUCUGA